AGCCACAUUUCUCACUCAGUCAACCUCACAACUCAAGGCCUUAAACCCGAUCACUCGAUUUUUUUUUCUAACUUUCAUCGCCUCAUUCAAUCAUGUUGACUUGUCAAGUACAAAAUGUAGCCUCGCUCGUGUCCACUGUCAAAGCUCUGGAUGGAACCGCCGCAGUGUUUCCUGUUUGGAGAUCGUGCAUCGAGGAUGUUUUGAGUAUGCAAAACACCCUCAAAAUAGUGAACGGAUCUCUCCCAAGACCUAAGGAAGACUCCAAAUCAGACAGCUUGGUUGCACGAUCGAUGGACUACUCGAAAGGCUAUAACCCCAAGGAAGUCGUCGCCGACUGGGACGCUCUCUCCGAGCUCGCCUGCGCUACGAUUCGUCUGACGCUUUCGCGGCCAUUGGCUUUGCGAUAUCGAAAAACCAAACCCGCUACCCGUCUCUUUACGACUAUCGUUAACGCUUACGAAAAGAACACAAGAGCUCGAAGAAUUCGCCUUCAAGAAGCAUUCUGGGAAUCCAAACACGACCCCAAUACACCAAUUGCUCUCUGGAUUGGUCAUGUCAGGGUUGCGGCCGAUGAAUUACUAACAAUCAACGAGUUGCCGACCGACCGACACAUUGCCGAUCGCCUUGUUGCUGGAUUAGACAGCUCAUGGUCCGCUGUCAAGGACUCGAUAGUAUAUACGGCUCAAGAGAUGUCUUUGGACGACACCAUCGGUGCCUUGGAAGCUCACGAAGUUAGCCUCAACGGAAAAACGUCAACCGACUUUGCCUCAGCCUCCUUUGCCUCAUCCAAGCGCUUUGGGUGCUCUAACUGUGGCAAACGAGGCCACAAGUCAUCCGAGUGUAGAAAACCAAAAACAAAGGCCGGUGCAGUAUCAACAGUCAAGCUCGGUGGCUACGACUCAGGUUCAUUUGACGAUGGAGAUGAAAUCGAUGUCUUAUAUGAGUAAUCGAACUUAGUUGGACACCAAUUUUUUAUUUCUUCUUAGUACGCUGAAUAGUUUUCAGGCCUACUGUGGAUUCUCUAUCAUUUUAGUCUAGCAAUCUUAAAUGAUACAUUAUCCUAGUUUCUUAUUUUUUUCUCUCUCUUCAACUAUCAAACAAUGGCUUAGUUAUCAGCAAGGAGGGGUGUUGGGAUACCUGUAUGUAGUCAUCAUAUGCUAGUAGUGAGGUAUGCUUCUACUAAGCACGUCAUCUCUACUAGAUUGCCGGUUUCUGUCUCUUCUCCUCUCCUCAUCAAAAUCUAGCCACAUUUCUCACUCAGUCAAC